AUGCUGAUGACUAAGGUUGCGCCGCCUUCUUGCCAGUCUUGCUCUCGUGCUUCGGCAUGUGGGUGGGGUCACGGCAUUGUCUACAUCAUCAUCAUCGCCGCUGUCGCUUCCACCAUCUUCGUUCGUAUUGCUCUCGGCACCCUCCUCGAGCCCUUCGGCCCAGUGAAUGUGCAAGCCAGCCUGCUCACUUUCGGAGCGUUCUGGGUGGCUAUGGCAGCGGCCAUUUCCGCUCCCUGGAAUUAUGCGCUGAUUCGCUUCUUCAUCGGUUGCGCAGGAGCCACUUUCGUGACCAACCAGUUCUGGUGUUCCUUGAUGUUCGCGCCCAAUGUGAUCGGAACUGCGAACGCUACAGCAGCCGGAUGGGGAAAUCUGGGCGGUGGUGUCACGCAGAUCUUCAUGAUUUCCGUCCUCUUUAACCCAAUGGUGAGCUCGGGAAUGGCAGCUGACACAGCCUGGCGAGUGGCCAUGAUCGUUCCUGCCGUUCUCUUUAUCAUCACGGCGGCGUGCUUGAAGCUGCUGUGCUGGGACACCCCCACCGCAAAGAGGUUCGAUGUGUCUGUUACGGGCAAGACGAAGAAGCCAUCCCUGUGGGACUACGUUGAAGUGUGCUCGGACUUCCGGGUACUUGUUAUGAUCAUGCAGUGGCCAAGCUGCUGCAAAUAG